AUGGGCGGGAUCACUGAUCAAAUCAUAUCGACGCAGCUUUCACAUCAUAGCCAGAGAACGAAUCCUCUCGCCGUGGUCGCCACAAGGUUAAGUCUCCUGGGACAAGUUCCCGAGGGGUAUGCAAAGGCGUGUUCAGCACUUGCUCAGUUCGACGGGUCUCUAGAUUUGGAGGCCUUGACAACGGACACAGCUAUCAUCACUGGAAAGGACGAUCCUGUCUCGCCACCCAAAUUGGCCGAGGAGUAUGCUCUCAGAAUCAGCAACUCGCACUAUACGGUGUUGGAGAACGUAGGACAUUGGCACGUUUUUGAGGAUGCAGAGGGGGUUGCAAAGAGCUUGAGGAACUUUUUGUAA